UCCUCAUCUUUUCAUCAGACACUCAAUCAGACACUCAGUUACGACAGACUUGAAACCCGGUUCACAGGGACUGUCUAUUUGACAAAAGGCUACCCAGUGAGAUGUUUGUGGAGCAGCGGUAUGUGCUUGCCAGGGCUAAGCUGCACUUCACACCUGUGGUCCUGACUCCUCAAGCUCACCUACAAAGAGUAGAGGGAAGCAAAACCCUAUCUCCGAUUGCGCCACUGGGGAGAGAGUCUAAUUCGCUGGCAGAAUCUGGCGUCCUGCUGGAGUUUCACCCAGACAAGCAGAGGCCAGACGUUUCAGAAGAGGAAGCGGAGCAGCACCUGCAGCGAUUCAUUGACAUCGACCAAGCUUGGAAGAUCUUAAGUAAUGAGGAGAGCAGGAACGAGUACAAUUUGCAGUUACGGGCAUGUGAGCUCAAACAGAGCUGGCCAGUGGAUGCUCAUAUAACACUUGAUGACAUGAACUGGGAUUAUGAAACGGAAUGUUACUCGUACACCUGCCGAUGUGGAGGAGAAUUCAUCUUAGAAAAAGACGAAACCCAAGAAGUGGAAACCGUUGUGUGCUGUGACUCCUGUUCGCUCAGCAUUGAAGUAAAGAAGGGUACCUGACACUUUGGAUGCUUUCGAUUAGUUUCUUAAUGGACUGAGAUUUAACUCUUCUAAAAAUGGGGCAAAUUCAAUAGACUCAUGAUUGAUUUGAACAAAGCCUCAUAUCUGAGUUUGUCACCUUUCAGAUAUUAUUUAUUUUGUUUUUAUUGUCCACCGAAAUAGUUUGCAUGAUAGCAGGAACUGUCUAUUUUCAUCGGGAGGUUUCAAUUUUCACAGAUUAAAUAUUUUAACAUCAACAUUUAUUUCCUAGUAUUAAUAUUUAAGUAUUUUGUACAGAUCAAAACCAUUUCUUGUAGAAGAAAACAGCAUAUUUCAUUUCGUUCACAUGUACCUUACAGCAAGUGCAUCACCAAAUAACCAGAAUUGGGUCACGCUAGACUCUCACUGUCUCAGAAAGCCCUUUGGUUGUUUCCUCUGAGCUAGACGUGCUCUUUUACGGACCAGACGUUUAUGAAAAGAAGAAAAAAAAAACAUGCUGUUCGUUCUCCAGCCCCCUCCUUUCACCCCCCGCCUCCUUGUGUUUGUGAGGACCAGGCGGCUCAGUAACCUCUUAGCUCUUGUUAACUUUGUUUGCAUGUAAAUAAAUGCAGUUUUUUCCCUCCUCCAACAAUGAAGUCACAAACUGCCUCCACACAUCACUGGUCGAAAAAGGCCCUCCAGUUAAUGAUGAGCUUUUCUUUGCCUUAUUGUUCUCCAGUCCACUCAAUUUUGAGGGGAACCGCAAGGUUGCAGCAUUGGAAUAGGGUCAUGGCUUUAUUAAACUUCAAACAGUCAUUAGGCUGUUUGCUAAAAUCUGUCGUCCCACAGUAGAAACAGCUUGAUCGGGGCAAAACCACGCUUUUCAUCAAUGUCCUGAGGCCUGAACCGAGGCUAGACCUGCCAGUGGACCGGCAGUGGACCGAACUGUAAUCGACUGUGACAUCAAUUACGGAUAAUCUCAUCACUUUUGGAGAGUGGGCUUGUCAAAGCUCUAAUUAAGUCCUCGGAUUCCCCUAUAUGUGCAGACAGGAUCAACAACACAUUAUAGUGCUAUGAUAGACAUCAUCAUCAUUCUAUUUUUGAGGAACUCUAACUUUUAACCUAGCGUGCACUUGUGGGUCUGGUCAGGCAUUUGGGCUGCCGUGUUUGCCACUUUUGGUCACUGUGUGUUAAACCAUUGCUGUAGGAAUUAUUACACUUCUUUGGUUUAUCCCAUAGUAGUUAUGUCCUUUAUUGAACUAUUUAAGUUCCUAUUGUGAUUUCUGUCUUAUUUCUAACUGAUUUAUUUCAGUAUUUCAUAUAAACAUGGAUCACACAGAAAUUCUUAACUUUUAAGUUUGUUUGUGGAGUUUUCAUAUGAAUGAAAAUGUAUGUAUUCAUACAAAUUACUUUUCGGACACCACAAAAUUCUCAUGUGAUCGUGCUGGAUAUUUCAGAACUAGCAUGCUCAUUUGGUUUUAAAAAUUUAGAGCUAGUUACAUAUUCAUAAUUUAUGGUUUUCAUAUUCAUGUUUCAUUGUUUUCACCAUUACCUUACUAUGAUGAUAGAUGCAAUAGGAGUGUAUUCAAGUUUUCGGUAUCAAAGUGUAUUUCCACUGGGAAAUGACAUUUUAAACUAUACAAGUAGAUCCUCAGCUGUUCUCACGUUGACAUCUGUGUGAACAGUAACCUGAAACCUUUUUCAACCUAAGCACUAUUUUCACUGAUCCUGGUUCUUGUUCACAGGUAGCUUUGAAAAGAGUUUCCUUUACUACAAAGCUUGCACUCCAAGCAGCAGGAAGAGAGGAGUCUUUUCUUUGAACAAACUUUCAUCACCCGU